AUGCAACGUGCCAUACCACAACAGAAAAUGGGUCUUAACAGCUUUUAUUUUGCAUCAAAACGAUUCCAUUACAUCACAUUAACUGAAGAUUGGCCAUUGAGUUUAGCUCUUCGAGCAGGAAUAAAAUCCUAUGAUCGAAUCAUCUUUUUCAAUGGUGUUAAUAUUGAGAAUGACACUUUUGAUCAGUUCAUUCAUCGCAUUGAUAUUGAACGACAUCUUCCAGUUCAAAUGCUUGUCUGUAGUCCAGCCACAUAUGAACACUAUAAAGCUAAUAAAAAGCCUUUUCAUUGCGAUCUUCCAACUAUUCAACGUUUAAAACCUGUAUAUGCAACAUCAAGUAAUAAAACUGCAUCUAAACAUCACUUAUAG